CACGUCCUAAAGGUGUUUGGGGCCAGUCUUCCCCUAUUGCAGGGUCCUUGGAAGAGGCAGAUGAUCCUGGAGCCAAGCCAUACCCUCGGGGCAGAAUUGUAGGGUCUCGCCUUCCUGUUACUUAGACACUUCGUGCGAGGAUGGGGACAGGCGUGCUGGGCAUUUGCCAAAGUAGAGCAGCGGUUCAGCUGAGAGAAGAUAUGAAAAAGAUAGUGGGAGUGCCACUGAGUGAGCAGCAAGAUCCUGCCUAUAAGAAGUUAUUUGGAGUCAGCCUGCAAGAGCUUCAACAGCAGGGGCUCACUAAGGAUGGGGUACCCACCAUGGUGAGGAGCAUCGUGGAGUACUUGGUGCAGCGUGGGCUGACCCAAGAGGGCCUGUUCAGGGUGGACGGCAGCAUGAAGGCGGUGGAGCAGCUGCAGCGUGCGUGGGAGAGCGGCGUGCACGUGGAUCUGGGCCCGGGGGACGUGCGCGCUGCGGCCAGCCUGCUGAAGCGCUUCCUGCGCGAGCUGCCAGGGGGCCUGGUCCCCUCCGUGCUGCGGCCUCGCCUGCUCCGGCUUUGUCACGACGGUGGAGAUGAUGCUCAGGAGAAUAGCUUAAGAGGUUUAAUAGAAGAACUUCCAGACUCCCACUACCGCCUGCUUAAGUACCUUUGCCAGUUCUUGACAGAAGUAGCCAAGCAUCAUACGCAGAAUCGCAUGAAUGUUUACAAUCUCGCCACUGUAUUUGGACCAAAUUUCUUUCAUGUGCCAUGUGGGCAUGAAGCCAUGAAAGAACAAGACCUUUGCAACAAGAUAACAGCUAAAAUUCUAGAAAAUUAUAAUAUCCUGUUUGAAGUAGAAGAUAGAAAAAAUAAUACUCAGAGAUAUGACAAACAGGCCAGGCUUACUGUAGUAAAAAUCCCAGAGUCCAAGAGUGAGGGAUUCACUCAGGUCUACCAGGUCCUGCAGCCAGAGAUAUCUGAUGGUGUUCCUCAGAUCAGCCUGCAGCUAAGUCAUAGGAAACCUUGCUUGGAUGCCAUGAAUUCAGCAGAAGACCGCAGUGGUGCCAAGUGGGUAACCAGCGCUCAUGUAUCCCAAGUCAGCAAUGUUUCCACAACUGGAGAACUCUUAGAAAGAACAAUUCGAACAGCUGUUGAACAGCAUCUUUUUGAUGUUAAUAGUGCUGGAGGGCAAAGCUCAGAAGAUUCCGAGUCAGGAUCGUCAUCAGCUUCUUCUACCUCCACAAGACAGCGCCGCCGCCAGCAUAAGGCCCAGGAUGAGGCUUGCCGUGGUGGAAGAGAGCAGGGACUUACCAACAAAGAAAAUAUUCCUUCUGGCUUCAACAACCUUGAUGAAUGUAUUUUAAAUACUCAGGAAGUAGAAAAAAUACAUGAAGGUACUUCUGAUUAUUUUGGAGAAAGGAGCAAACCUAAACGUCAGAAAUCUAGUUCUAAACUUUCUGAGCUCAGUGAAAAUCAAGAUGGUCUGGUGAAUAUGGAGAAUUUCAGUUCCACACGAUCAAAUGACAGGACUGGAGUUGAGGAUAUUGAACUGAUGUCUGAGGAAAGAGAAAGUAAAAGAGACGGUGGAGACACCCCGCAUUUUGAGAGCCCCACGAUGAAGAUUCAGGAGCAUCCCAGCAUACCCGACAGCAAACAGCAGAGGAACCAAGAUGCUGACACCCAGCAGGAGAGCUUUGUCUCUGAAGUGCCGCAUUUGGACCUAACUGCAUUGUGUGAUGAGAAGACCUGGGAAGAGCCCAUCCCCACCUUCUCCUGGCAGCGGGAGGACACAGACUCUGAUGAAGCCCGCCUCUCCCCACAGGCUGGGCGCCUGAUUCGCCAGCUGCUGGAGGAGGACAGCGACCCCAUGCUCUCUCCUCGAUUUUAUGCCUAUGGGCAGAGCCAGCAGUACCUGGAUGACACAGAAGUGCCUCCUUCUCCCCCUAAUUCCCACUCUUUCAUGAGGCGAAGAAGCUCCUCCCUCGGGUCCUAUGACGAUGAGCAAGAGGACCUGACCCCUGCCCAGCUCACACGAAGAAUCCAGAAUCUUAAAAAGAAGAUCCGAAAGUUCGAGGACAGAUUUGAAGAAGAGAGGAAGUACCGACCUUCCCACAGUGACAAAGCAGCCAAUCCAGAGGUUCUCAAGUGGACAAAUGACCUUGCCAAGUUUCGGAAGCAACUUAAAGAAUCAAAACUAAAGAUAUCUGAAGAGGACUUAACCCCCAGGAUGCGGCAGCGAAGUAAUACACUCCCCAAGAGUUUCGGUUCCCAACUUGAAAGAGAAGAUGAGAAGAAGCAGGAGCUGGUAGAUAAAGCACUCAGGCCCAGCGUCGAGGUCACCCUGGAAUCCAUCCAGAGGAAGCUCCAGGAGAAGCGAGUAGAAAGCAACCGCCCUGAGGACAUUAAGGAUAUGACCAAAGACCAAAUUGCUAAUGAGAAGGUGGCUCUGCAGAAGGCCCUGCUGUAUUAUGAAAGCAUUCAUGGACGGCCGGUGACAAAGACUGAACGCCAGGUUAUGAAGCCACUGUACGACAGGUACCGGCUGGUCAAACAGAUCCUGUCCCGGGUCAACACCAUACCCAUCAUUGGGUCCCCCUCCAGCAAGCGGAGAAGCCCAUUGCUGCAGCCAAUUAUCGAGGGUGAAACUGCUUCCUUCUUCAAGGAGAUAAAGGAGGAGGAGGAGGGCUCCGAAGACGACGGCCACACGAAGCCGGACUUCACAGUCACUUUGAAAACAGACUUCAGCACACGCUGCUUCCUGGACCAAUUUGAAGAGGAUGCUGACGGGUUUAUCUCCCCAAUGGAUGAUAAAAUACCAUCAAAAUGCAGCCAGGACACAGGGCUUUCGAAUCUGCACGCCGCUUCAAUACCUGAGCUCUUAGAACACCUUCAGGAAAUGAGAGAAGAAAAGAAGAGGAUUCGGAAGAAACUUCGAGAUUUCGAAGACAAUUUUUUCAGACAAAAUGGAAGAAAUGUCCAGAAGGAAGACCGCACCCCCAUGACUGAAGAGUACAAUGAGUACAAGCACAUAAAGGCCAAGCUGAGGCUUUUGGAGGUGCUCAUCAGCAAAAGAGACACUGACUCCAAGUCCAUGUGAGAGCAGCUGCCCCGCCAGGGCUGUGGGGCGGGGAGGUUCGCUGCAGUCUGGUAGAGAGCUCUGCAAGGCCGCCUUGAGCUGAUGAGCACCACCUGCAGCCCUUCUGCCUCCCGGGAACUGUCUCCAAGGAAGACAUGUGACCUGCCUGAGGAAUUUCAUCAUGGGGAAGCCAGGAUUGCUACACAUACAGACACACUCACACACAGGAGCUUCACUAACAUAGCAGAGAUGAAUCACUACAUUAGACACAGCUGUCUGCAGAGAAUACACCCUGUUCUUCCCUGGGUAACUGGGAAACAAGGCCACUCUCGGUCUGUGGUGGAAACAAGCUCAGGAUCUCUGUGGAGCAGCAAACUCGAAAGGGCUGUGCUCUCCCCAGCCCAGUGUGCACGUGCACUGGAGCCCUGCCUGCUGCUGCUCUCGGGCCAAGCUCGGGUCCUUUCCUCGGAGCUGCGCCUCCCCGCUCAUCCAAACACCUUUCCCUUCCAGCUCUCAGGUAGACGGAAGCUGCUGUGCCAUCUGUUUGGGGCAAUGUGGCAUCUAGGUGAGGGUGCAGUUCCUCGGGCCUUCCUGAGCUGACAAGACACUCAUCCCUGGAGGAGGACCAGAUGUCCACUGAGGACAGGGAGUACAGCAGUGGCCAUGUUAGUAAUGCUUAUUUAAGAGCAGGCACACAGGUGAACCAGGGGUGGUUUCCUGGCCCGUGACUGCCCUUAGUGCUCUCCGACUUUACAUCCAACACUAAGUGAGGAUCGCAUGCUUGGAUAGCCUGUUUGGUUGUGGCCCUGGUCAAGCAUCAGGAGUCUUGCUUAAUUCCAAGCCUAAAUGCAGAGGAUAACAGGAGAGGAAGCCUAAGUCUUCAGCCUCCUGAAUACUUACCAGAUUUUAAGUUUUUGAAAAAGUAAAUCUGCACUAAAAUUCCCAGACAGGUAACUGUAACCCUCAGAGCUGCAAGCAGAAUCUUGUAGCUCUAGGCAGAAUUUAACUCAAACUAUUUUAAAGAUCAUGCAUAGAAAGAAAAAAAUAAUAGUAUGUGGCCAACUUUGAUUCUGUUUUUCAAAGACUGUGUUACAAAGCUGUCUAUAUUAGACAUUUUGGAGGGACCAGGGAGUUUAAGACACCAAAUCGUUCGUCUCUUCAGUGCUUGACGUCACCAUGUGAUUUGUCCUUCAGCUUUGGUUUUCUGCCUUUGUGUUUGGGGAGGGGAGGGGGCAGAGCACAGCCAUGGCUGGUGACAGGACAGGGUCCAGCAGGCGGAGUCUCUCCAAGGCAAUGCUGCACGGAGGACAGGGCAGCGGGGAUGCCCUCUUGUUCAGACAGCCGCCUUCUCCAAGAGUACUGUUUCAUUUUAACAGCAAAGGGAGGGAACAGAAGCCACACUGACCAGCUGUCAGUGGUAAAAUGGGUCUUGAUGGCUAGGGAUGUAGCUCAGGGCACAGCACCUGCCUGAUAGGUGCGAGGUCCUGAGUUCAGUUCCUGAGACCCAAAAGAAAACAAAAAGUGCAUCUUGAGAAACCUCUGGCUGGUGGGCCACACACAGCACUGCUGGUGCUGUGAGGCAGCAGCUCUGCCGCUGAAAGCUGUUCAAGUGGACACGGGGGACUGAAUGCUGUAAGUCUGCUUUAAUCACAGAGAAGCAUGAGCUGGGUUAAAAGUGCCCUGGUUUUCAUAUACAUACUUACAGGCGGUACCUACGAAUUCAAAUGUACAUGAAAAUAUAGUUUGAUAUUUUUUGCUGUUUACAUUGCAAAUUGCUAUAAUUUCAAGGAGUUAUAAAUAAAAUGAUGCACUUUAGGACAUUUUCUAUUUUUGAAAUCUGAACAUGAAUCAUGCACAUGACCAAAAAUUGUAUUUUUUAAAAGAAACACAUGUCUAAUCUGUCCUUUUUAAGUACUUGUUCUCUUUUAAAAGCUAUACUGUAAAUCAUUAGCAGUUAACUUGUAAAGCACAUCUGUUUAAGAGUGUUGUUUUGAAAAACUAUACUUCAGAAUUUUUUUUUUAAAGCUACAUAUAGGUAAGAAGCCACUAAGAUGUUUUGAAAUCUGUUGCUUCUGCCAAAGGUAAAUUAACUAGAAGAUAUAUUCAGGAAUCCCCUUUCAAAUUUGUAUGAUUCAAUAAAAGAAACACCAACUUAUAGUAAA